GUUGUGAUCAGAUCGAAACCAUUGUAACCUUCAAAGGAAAGCGCAUGGCAACGAUCUUAACAAGUAGACUACAUGAUUGACUUCGGUGUUUUACUUCGUAUUUAAGUUGACAAAGGGCAUUUGACCGACCAAACUUAAAGGGCGUGGCAUCAGCCUACCUGGGGGGUGUACAAUUUCACUUCCUGUAUCUCCCAGGUUGAGUCACUCACCUGGCUGUGGCAGGAUUGACUCACGCAAUUCAAUUCAUAAAGACAUCAAAGGGUUCCUUAUAUUGAAGGUUGAGGACUGCUAGACCAACAUCGAAGGACUAUAUUCUUUGCCCGAUCCAAUUGGACCUUUUUCUUUGAUACAACAAUGACUGUACCACAGGCAGCACUUCACGCAGGGCCGAUAUGUCUCCUUCUAUUGAUGUUCACAUUCUUGGCGGACGGACAAAACUUCGGGGAGCAAUGUUUGGCGAAAUACAAACAAGGUCGCGUCGACUUCAUCCUGGACGCCGACGGCUCCGUGAAGGACGGGGCGACGUUCCUCUCUUCGCCGAAGGUCUGGAACUACAAGGAUUGCGUCCUCUCCUGCUGUAAGGACUCCAAGUGCAACGUCGCCUUCAUGGAGCGUGGAGCCGAGGACGGCCUGAUCAAGUCGUGCUUUCUGUUCGACUGUCUGUACAAUAUGAAGUACGUCUGUCGCUUUGUCGGGAAGGCCGGCUACUUCAACUACUUUCUGAACUCGGUGUACGAGAGCGACCUGGCUGUGGAAAGCAACCCUAGCCUAGAAGAUAAUCCACCGGUGGCCAACGGGGGCUCCGCCCGAGUGGUGCAGCCCCAGGAUGGGGUGACGUUGAACGGCAUCGAGAGCCACGACGAUAACGGCAUCCAGACCUUCCAAUGGCAGUUGGUGACGGGGAACCCCUAUGCUGUCAUAGAGAAAACACCCUACAAAGACGCGAUUUCGGUGAGCAACCUGACGUCUGGGAUUUACAAGUUCCGGCUCACGGUCGUAGACACCAUCGGGCAGUCAGACUCCACCAUUGUCACCGUGCUGGUCCUCAACCCCGAGCAAUCCAAGGACCACUGUAUGUCACCGGUUAAGGUGGGGCCGUGCCGUGGCCAUUUCCCCCGCUGGCAAUAUAACGGUGCCUCUCAGAGAUGUGAAGAGUUCAUCUACGGUGGCUGCAGAGGGAACCUCAACAACUACCUCACCCGCGACGAGUGCACCAACGCGUGUGAGGGCUCAGAUGGCGGUUCAAAAGCCUCCAGAGGUUUUCCAAUUCCAUCAUCAUUACCAAAAGGAGAGAAAUGUGGGGUCCCAUGUUCUGAGGACGAGUUCACCUGUGCCAACGGCUGCUGUCUGGAGGCGGGCCUGGACUGUGACAAGGAAGAACAGUGCAGCGACGGUUCAGACGAGAAGAACUGCGAGAACUUGAAAGACAAAUUUGAGACACUUCUGCAGAUCCCAGUCGACGAGAAGAAAGCUCGCUGCACCGAGUCCCCAGUGACGGGCGACUGCAGAAAUAGCUUCACCAGGUGGUACUACAACCCUGUGAUGCGCAGCUGCGCCGCCUUCAACUACGGAGGCUGCCGCGGAAACGAAAACCGAUUUGUGUCCAAAGAGGAAUGUAUGAAAAUGUGCGAAGGAGUGACAGAAGCUGACGUUUUUGCCAGAAAAGAGUCAUUUGAAGGUUACAUCGGAGAGGCCCACACAGGGGUCUUGGCCAUCGCCGUCCUACUGGGCAUCGCCAUCCUCGCCCUGAUGGUAGUGCUGGGCUACUGCUUCUGGAAGGGCAAGAAGAAGACGGUCAAGCACCAGCGAGUGGCCAACGGCACCCAGGCGCUCCCCUUGGAAGACACGGAGAGGCUGGUGUACAACAGCACUACCAAGCCCAUCUGAUCCAACCUCCUCCCUCGGCCCCGUAAUCAGAGCAUGCGUUGGGCAACCAUAAGCUACAUCAGGCGGGGGAGGGCGCGGCGGGGGAACCACAUUGAACUUUUAUUUUUUUAACGGUGCGUUGGAAUUUUUUUAAGGGCGGUGCCGAUGGCAUCAGCCUUCUUGUACAGUUUAAACCCUGAUGUAUGUAACACCACACACACACACACACACACACACACACACACACACACACACACACACACACACACACACACACACACACCCCUCCCUUUUGAAGCGAGCGUUUUUCAAUGUGUUUGGUUUUUUGUUGCUGCGACAUGAGCGAUGGUUUCUGCGGUAGUUGUUCAGCUAUGUACUCGGGGUAAUUGGGAUAUCGGACAGGGAUGUUAUUUGUCUUAAAAUGGCUUAACACUGUGUUAUCUGUUAUUCUUCUGAUUAGUUUGUAAAUUUUCUUCAGUGAUUUUAUCAAGUUAAAGGACUUUGGAGCCCAUUGAGCUCAGAACUUCAGGAGAAUUUAUACUCGUAUAUCUUUUUUAGAGUGGGUAGUGCAUAUUCAAAGUCAUAACAUCAGAUCACAAGUGAAGUGAUGUGAAAACUCGUUUGGGUACUAAAUGUUCCGACCUUACUGAAUUCUUGCGUUGACAGUUAUGCCACCCUUUUACAGCACAUCUCCUCAAAAGAUCACAGGAAGGAGUACAAGUUCUUUGGUUUGGGAAUAUUCACAGUUUUGUUGUGUAAAGAGUAACGUGUAAAUACCGACAUCCAUUGGUCUUUGUUAACUUAAUGAAAUCCCAGCCACUUCAAAGUUUGUGAUUACUGUUUUUAUUUCAUGAACUAUAUUCAAUGUGAUGUUUGCAUUGUGAUGAACAAAUAAUUAUUUU